GGGCUCUGGGAGCAGAUGCCACGUGGAGGCAUCGGCAGAGGGUCUGGCUGCUUCGUGCACUUGGGGGUCGAGGGCUCCCUGGGAGGGCAGAGGCGGAACAGACAGACAAGUGGUCCGGUGCCAGGUGGGCAGCCAGGUUUGGGUCCCGUGCUCAGACCCCGGGGCAGGACCAACGGGAGAAGCGUUUCGGCAGCGACUGUGGGCAGAGCCACGCGUGGGGCUCGGGGUGUGCGGUGGGUCUGGGCACUGGGCAGGCAGAACCGGGAGAGGGAUGGAGAGGCUCCAGCCGGUGCCAGCCACCAGUCGCGUGUCAGGGGACGUGCCAAGGCCUGGCCUCGUGAGCGCUCGAGAGCCGUGCCAGGCAGUCCCAGCCGGCUCCGCAGCGCCCGGCUCUCCUGGAGGCUGGGCUGGACUUGGAGGCUCGCCACGCAAUGGAGCCUGGACGACGAGGAGGAGGCUGCGCGGGAGCGACGUCGGCGGGAGCGAGACAGGCACCAGAGGGCCCAGGACCAGGAUGGAGGCAGCCCGUCCCUGGAGCCCCCGGAGCAGGAGGAGCUGCUGAAGGCCUCGGAGGCCCCAGAACUGGAGGAGGACGAGGGGUUCGGUGACUGGGCCCAGAAGCCAGAGCUGCGGCAGCCCCUGCAGGGAGAGAGCCCAGAGGGGGAGCAGGAGGCCAGGCCCUGUGGACACCAGAAUGGCGAGGAGCUGCAUCCAGCCAGAGUCAGCCUGGAGGAGCUGCCUCUGAACCCCGACUCCGAGCCCCAGGACGAGCCAGGGCCAGAGCAGGCAGAGCCCGUGGGCCCAGAGGAGACCGGCCGGGGCAGCCCGGGCCCAGCAGAGGCUGAGGAGGCUGAGGAGGUGACGGCGCACCAGCAACGUCAGCGGCCCAGGGCGCCCAGCCCCUUGCUCUUGGAGGAGACCACCGAGCCGAGCUCGCCUCCCCUGAGCCCCAGCACCAAGCUCAUCGACAGAACCGAGUCCCUGAGCCGCUCCAUCAAGAAGAGCAACAGUGUGAAGAGGUCCGAGCCAGCCCUGCCCAUCUCCAAGAUUGAUGACCGGCUGGAGCAGUACACCCAGGCCAUCGAGACUGCUGGCCGGAACUCCAAGUUAACUCGCCAGCCCUCCAUCGAGCUGCCCAGCAUGGCUGUGGCCAGCACCAAGAGCCGGUGGGAGACGGGAGAGGUGCAGGCCCAGUCUGCUGCCAAGAGCCCCUCCUGCAAGGACAUUGUAGCUGGAGACAUGAGCAAGAAAAGCCUCUGGGAGCAGAAAGGAGGCUCCAAGACUUCGUCGACCAUUAAGAGCACCCCAUCUGGGAAGAGAUACAAGUUUGUGGCCACCGGACAUGGGAAGUACGAGAAGGUGCUGAUGGACGAGGGCUCGGCGCCCUAAGCCUUCCCGCUCGCUAUCCUGAGCCGGGUGCAGGCUGGGGGCUCCCUCCACACUCCCCACCCAUGCUCCCGGGGAGUCCAGCCAGAUGCCCACCCAGCCCUGCCGAAGAAGCCGCUUCCCAUUGCCUGCCUGGCUGCCCACACCCCUCCAGCACCUGCCACUGCCGCCACCUCUGUCCCGGACCUCCGGCCUCUCUCCCCUCCGCUCCCUGACCCACCGGCUCUGCCUCUCACAGCCUGGGAGGCAUGGGAUUCUCACUGGUGCGCGGCUAAGGGGGCCCUCCCCAGAGGCCACACACCCACGAGGCAGGGGUGUCCUGUGCAGAGAGCACGCCAGCCAGGGGACACCCCCGUCAGGAGCCACCGAUGCCCGUGCAGGACACUCCGGCCCUGCGUCCCUCCCUGCCUCCUGCUUGCAGCCCCUUCAUUUGUGCAAUAAAGCUCUUUCUGUCCCCA